AUGGAACAGGACCCGUUCACUGACUUUUUAGAUUUGAUUGUGCAGGGCGAGGAGCGUACAUACGAGCGUGUCUAUCAGGACGCGUUCCAUGAAGCUCGCGGGGAAACUAGCGACCGGGUAGAGGAUGAGGACAAUCGAGCACAAUGUGUGCAUUCCUAUCGUGAAGGUCUGUACUCGGGGGUAAAACUCUGCUCGGAGUUGUGCACUCUGUACGGUCUGAUUACGGAGUUGCUAGACAAAAGUCAUCAAAAUGAGGAAUGGUCCCCUUUGAAUGCUCGAUCUAAACGUGAUACUACCGUGAUCAAGACAGCCACGGAUCUAAAAGAAAUGCUCACCGGAACCUCGGGUUUGUUAAAACUUAAUGAUGAUGAGGAGCAGCUGCCCAUCGGGAUCAAUUAUAACGCGCAUACUUUCGAACAUGACAUUUCUCUAGUUCGAAGUAAGGCAAAACUUUUGCAGAAUUUAUUGGACGUGCACUUGAUCGAGGAAGCUACAAGCCAGUUGAGCUUUUAA